UUGAAUUUGAAAUAAACAAAUUAAAUUUGAGGUUAUCUCGUGUUGUGAUUUUGCAAAGUAUUUUCAUUAAAUAAAUUCUAUAAAAAAUGGGCAACAGGAAAAACAAAAACCAAGAAAGAAAAAAGAAAAUCACUUUAGUGUUCGAUGAAGAAAAACGAAAGGAUUAUUUGUGUGGUUUUCGUAAGCGAAAAUUAGAGAGAAAGAAAAAGGCACAAGAAGAACUACAACGCAUGCUAAAAGAAGAGAAAAAAAGAAUUAAACAGGAGAACAAAGAGUCAUAUAAAAAGCUGGUAGUAUCAAGCCGGCCCAUACCUGAUAUAGAACAAUUACUUCAGGAGGAAUAUGAGGAUGAGGAUGUCAAUGUUAAAAUAGUUGAACUAUCAUCAGAUACUCUACAAAAGAAAAACUUGUUUAUUGGGCAAAAUAAACCUAAAGAAGAAGAAAAAGUUGUUAAAAAACCUAAAGAAAACAAAAUACCACAAAUAAAAGGCAUGGGUUCUGAUGAUGAAGAUGAUCAAGAAGAAGUGGAAUCUGAAAAUGAAGAUGACAAUAACCCUUCCAAGACAAAGAAAGAAAUAAAAGGAAUGCUAAAAAAACAAGCAACAAAGAAGAUACAGAAAAGUAAAGUUUUCCAAAUGAAGAACAAGCUUGAAAGAGUUAAAAACAAGAAAAAGGCCCAUCAAAAGAAAGAACACAUGAAGAAAGUUAAUCCAAACCCUCGCAAGGAAAAGGCAAAAAAGACCUUUGGCAGAAAAAAGCGUUAGAUUAUAAGAUAUAUCAAUAAACAUUUCAAUAUUUCA